AUACGGCGAGAGAGCUCACGGAUCGAGAAUGUGACAGCGGCGACGCCUCCCGAUACGUCUCAAAGGCAUUUGCCGUUCUACAGGGAAGCGUCGAUGGCUAGAUUCACAUUGUACAAGCCUAAUCAAGGUGGUUUGCGCCAAUUAGCAUGUAUGCGAAUUGGGAAGAGAGCAGGAGGUCUGGCACACGAGGUAUUUUGUAGCCCCCGCACUGCGUCACCACCGUUCACCUGACAUCGCAGUAGGUUACAGGCCAGGAGCUCAAAGAGAUGAGAUGAGCAAUGUUGUCCCCCGCUGGCAGCCCCAUUAUAUGACUCACUUUGCACCCUCAACGUCUCCUGUUUGGAAGCAGACACCCUGCACUCAACCAGCACCCCGGAACGAUAGAGCCACGGCCGCGAGCGGCCUGGUGAAUCUCCGAGGCAGCCCUGCUCCUCCCGACAAAAUUCCUGCCUUAGAUAAUAGCUCAAAUUCGCGGAAUAAAGGCAACAGACAGCGGUCGCAGCGUUCUGAAACAAGCGCGUUUCAGCGAAGUUCAGUACUUGCGAGGAGGAAACUCGGGAUAUUACCUAGCAGUCAUGACCAUCAUACGAGCAUAGGUCACUUACAAUGACUCUCCCGAUACCGUCGACGCUCUAGACAGAAUAAGGUGUGAUUAUUACCCUGAAUUUGACUGCUAAGUACAGGGCGACGCAGUGGAGAAGAUGCGACGUCAAACUGACGGGCACCGAAAAAUCCCCGAGACUGUAGCUGCUUACGGCGUAAUUUGAAGAUUAUCGGAGAGCUCUAAGUUCUGUCUGCACCUCCAGAGUGCCGAGCGUUGAUUGGUGACGACGGCGAGUUGGGGGAGAGCAGGAGCGCGGGAAUUUUAUUCGAACUGUGAGAGAUUUAAUUGGAUGGCCGCCCGCCUGACAUGUUGUUCAACACCAUCAUCUAUGCAG